GCAUCAUCUAUCAUAAUCUUGAAAAAGUGAAGCCGUGAAAUGAAAAGUGGUGAGGAAUGAGUCCAAGUCCAAAUAGAAAUCAAUAUGGAAGCGUUACCAAGAGUGUAACUAAUAUCUCGUCGCUGGUGGAGCCUGGUUGUACUGGUGUGUUCUUGUGUGUACUGUGUACAGUUGACAAAUGGAAGGGAGUAACUUGAAUCAGCGUGGGGGCUGGGUGUCGCUCUCUACAGUUGAUACUGUGUGUUGUAUGACGGAUACGAAUGCAGCCUGUCAGACAUCAGUACCAGGAAAUGGGAUUGCUGACAUUUUCAUAGUCAUCACGAGUUUGACAGACUGAAACAAGAAGCUGUGGGUGGGCGUUGUGAUUUUGUGACUUACUCACAGCGAAAAGAAUUGCAAGAUGCUAUUUAAGUUGACAAACCCGUCUGCUGUUUUCAUUCUUUUGGACAGAGAGUUUCCAAUAACUUGAAGUCUGUCAGAUGUCAAUCAUUCGCCAUCAUGAGUGAUUGGUCGUACCUGUCCAAACUGCUCAUCAAGGUCCAGGCUCAUUCCACGGUCGUGGGGAAGAUCUGGAUGAGUGUCCUCUUCCUGUUCAGGAUCUUCGUACUGGGAGCAGCUGCAGACAACGUUUGGGCAGAUGAAGUAUCCGAGUUCUACUGCGACUCCAAGGAGCCGGGAUGUCAAAACGCCUGCUAUAACGCCAUGUUCCCUAUGUCCUACGUGCAUUACUGGGUUCUGCAAAUCACCUUUGUGUCAACACCCACCUUGGUCUACCUUGCCCAUGCUGUCCUCGUCAUACACAAAGAGAAGAAGAUGUUGGAGCAGGAGCAGAGUAAAGCCAGCGGAAACAUAGUGAACAAAGGUAAAAAGUACACAGAUGACCGAGGGAAGGUGAAAAUUAAAGGCAUCUUGUUUUACACGUACUUGACCCAGCUGGUGUUCAAGAUCAUCCUGGAGGUGGGCUUCACCGUCGGUCAAUUUUACGUCUUCGGGCCUCUUGUCAUUGUCUCAAAUUUCCAUUGCAAAAAAUGGCCACCCUGUGCUCACGACAUCGGCUCCAGGUGUUUCAUUUCUCGUCCCACAGAGAAGACCAUCUUCAUUUUCUUCAUGCUCGUAGUUACUGGUGUUUCUGUUCUCCUCAACAUUGUCGAGAUUGUGUAUCUGCUGUGCAACAAAAGGCAAAGCAGGAAAAAACACCUGGCCGCUUUGCCUCAGGUGCACACUGUGACGCCGUGCACAACCGAGUCCACAUGGAGAGUCAUGAGCAGCCAGUACGGGGGCUACCCUUUGUUGCCUUUACCUGCUCAGGUUAAAACACACAUGGGCGGUGAUGACAGUCAUAUCCACGCCGAAUAAAGACCACGAGUACCAUGUGCCAUUACUUCCUACUGCUGUUCUUCAAUGGAGGAUGUUUCGAAGAAGCACAGGCUCUGUAUUGAUUGGAACCUUGGUUAGCAUCAUUAAUCUGUUCCAGAUGGUCCGACUCUUACUGAAACAUACUCUAACCAAAUCCAUUUUUCCCAUAAGAAAUAAUGUAAGUCCAGUUAAUCUGUUCCGGAAAGCCGAAAAUGUUAAUACAAAACACGUUUUUAUAGUAUAUGUACAAAACAAAUGUUAAAUGCAUAUGAAUGAUGGAUGAAAGGGAUGAAUGAACAUUUAAGGUUACUUUUACCCUCACUGAAGGCGUGAUUGUUGACAAAGACGCAAUGUGGCAGCGGGAUCAACACGGACACCACGUUCCUGUUUUGCUCGGUGUUUCAAGUUUCAAGUCUGCAAAAUAAGCCAAAAUGGAGCCAAAGAAAGUUUCAAGCAUUUUGAUAAAGAAGGUACUAGCAUAUUGGCAUAAAUCUGUUCCUCACUGUUCCUAUCGGUAUUGUUUUUUUCUGAGGGUAACGAUAUUGGCGCUGAUGCUCUGUGCUCCACACAGCAACAAGCUUGCUAGCUUGCUAUUUCCGCAAUGUGGAAUUCCUCCCAAGUUUGGCCUUUAGAUUGUAAAUAUGCAUUUUGUAAUGAAAGCACUGGUAAUGUGAGUGUGGGAGGGGUUUUCAUGCCGUGAGUUCCGUAAUGUGUUGUCAUACGGAUGUUUACACCACAUAGAAAUGUGUAUUUUUCCCAAUUGUAUCGUUGCCAGCAUUAUUUAAUUGGAUUCUUAUAUGUGAAUUUAUUAAGACUAACCUAACUUGUUGAUAGUACGUAUUAUUUUCAUGAUUUUUUUUUUUUGUGAGUUUUGUUGAGAUCAAAUGUUUAAAAUAAA